UUGCCUGCUAAUGCAUGACAACCGUUCUUUCAACUUCAGCCAUUCUCCAUUCGCCACGUAAUAACUUGAGAAAUAUUUUUAAAUUGAGGGACCGGAGAAGAGGUAACGCGUCUUUAAGGCUACAUUCAUUUCUAAAUGUCGACUACUCUCCGUUUGCCACGUAAUAUUAUUAUAAUAGCAUUACCCGGGGCGUGUAGAUAAAGACAAGGUUUGCCUAGGGGUAACAUAUUUGUAAUUGAAUUCAAUAGAGAUAGCUCAUCGACUGUGUCGUGUGACCUCAAGUGUAGCAAUAACCUGUUGGUUUGGUCCGGUCCGGGAAAAGUUACUUAUUCUGAAGCAGAAACCAAGUAAUGGAUUUGUUGCUGGUAUCCCUAUUUGCAUUAUUGCACCAAGUCGGCGCUUCUGUAUCAACAUCGUCCUUACAGACUGGGUCGGGUGAGUCUUACUCGGCUGCUACGGCAUCAUCCGGGGACAGCGUUCUACAUACGGGCAACACGGGGACUCAUAGAGGCAUGAACCACGGACCAAAUAUCCAUCACAUCCCAACGGCAGAUGAAAUCUUUAAAAAGAAUGCUGCUAUAGCCGAGGAUAUGGCUCGAAAGCACCAGGAAGCUAUGACGAAGCAGCACGAAGAUGUACGGAAGCACCAGGAAGCUAUAACGAAGCAGCACGAAGAUGUACGGAAGCACCACGAAGCUGCAAUGUCUCACGAAGCUAACACAAAGCACCAAGAAACUGUGGCAAGUAAGAUGCACGUGGAAACAAACACAAUUGACCUAGAUACGGAUUCUUUUCAUCAGAUGGAAGAUUUUAAGGAUCCACAAGCAGAGGUUAUUUCAGCAACUGACGUCAAAGAUGACGUAGUCAGUGCACAGCUAUCAUCUGUAACUGAAAACAAGGGACAACAACCAAACCCCUCUGAAGAAAAUGGAAGUACGAAACGGACAGGACGUUCGUCCUAUUCACACUCAUCAUCGUCCUCAAGUUCUACAUCCUCCGACGGCAAACAGCAGUUUACGUCAUCAUCUAUGACAUCAGACCCAGAUGGCGUGAAGCACACGUGGCAUUCGUCAGACGAUCCGGACCACGUGUACACUUGGACCGACCGGACGCAGGAGUCGGUGGAGUCAUGUGAUGAAUCUGCAGGUGCGUGCACAUCCGCUACUGCUUCCGCUUCCGCUUCUUCCACCAAUGGGAAGGGUACGUUUCAGGCUUCGACAAUGACGUCAGGACCACAUGGCGUCAAACACACUUUUCAUUCCUCUGAUGAACCGGAUAAAGUUUACGUUUGGACGGACAAAAACUGAACCAACAAUUUUAUAUUUGCUGAGAACUGCUCCAGAUUGGAAUUUUGUGUAAAUGCAAGUAGCGUGUGCAUAGAGAAAAAGUAACGUAAACCCACAAGGCAUAACAUAAUAAAUACGACACCCCUUCUAUCCUCAUCUCCCUCAUGUUAUUAAGAAUAUUUCCCAAUAUGACCUAAUCUCAGACUAAAAUGAUGACUGGUGUUAUGCCAUGUUAGGGUCACCCAUAAAGUCGGACUAUGUGCGCAGAAAAUGUGAGAUUUUUACACACCCUACUUCAUGUACACCUGUUGUGUUCGCUUGAGUUGCAGGAUCGAAUCACCAAUGGUGGAUCCAUUUAGCUGAUUGUUUUUUUCUCGUUCCAGCCAGUGCACCACAACUUAUCAAAGGCCGUGGUAUGUGUUUUCUUGUCAAUGGAAAAGUGCAUAUA